CCCUCGCCGUACAAUCGACGAAAUCCUCAACGCCUCCGAUUCCUCCCAUCGCUCCACUCCCGUCCCGGUUCCUCGAAGCCGUUACCGUCGCUUUUCCGCCGUGUGAGAUCGAAUGCGAAGCCGGGGGCAGCGCUUGCGGCGGCAGCCGCAGCCUCCAGGGCUCUCCCGACCCCGCACGCCGCCGCGAUCAAGUCGAGGAGGGCUGCCUCCCAGUUCCAGAAGGUUCUUGAAGAUUCCGAUGCGGUUUCGGUCUCGGGUGCUAUGGAGGUCGAAAGCGAAGCCCAAAAUGUGGUUCAAGUAGAUGGAUUAAAGGUUAGUAGUAAUCAUGAAGAAUUGCUGCAAACAAGUGCUGAUUCAGUUCCUAAUUUUGAUAUCAUUGAGCCGCGGAUUGGUUCUUCGUCCAUAAGUGUUGAGGAGGAGGACGAAAACAAUGUAAAUGUAGAUGAGAAUGCUUCUGUGCUUGACAGGAGCUCUGAAAUUUUGAACUCAGAAGAAGACAAGGUUGAUCAUUUGGAAGAGAAGGUAGAGGAGGAAUCGACAAUUGGGGCAUUGGAAACACAGCAACAAGUGAAUGUUUUGAAAGAUACUGAGGUGGGUGGUGGCGAUGAUGAUGACGCAACUUCAUUGAGUGAUAUUACUGAAGAGAGAAUUGGGCAAUUGGGGAGCAGGAGGAUUAGUAAGAGAGCGGAGAAGAAAUCCCGGGCUGCUUCUAUGAAGCCAUUGGAGUUAGCUGAGGAGCUUGAGAAGAAGCAUGCUUCUACUGGUUUGCAUUGGGAAGAGGGUGCAGCUGCUCAGCCAAUGAGGCUUGAGGGCGUACGGAGAGGAUCAACCACAUUAGGAUACUUUGAUCUUGAUGCGGAUAAUGCUAUUACAAGGACCAUUUCUUCUCAGGCAUUCAGGAGAGAUCAUGGUUCCCCUCAAGCUUUGGCUGUUCAUACUAAUUAUAUUGCAAUUGGAAUGUCAAAAGGGGUCAUUCUUGUUGUGCCCAGUAAAUAUUCCGGUUAUAAUGCUGACCACAUGGAUCCAAAGAUGUCGAUGCUCGGUCUGCAAGGGGAUAGGUCUCAUGCCCCUGUAACUUCCAUGUGCUCUAAUCAGCAAGGGGACCUGCUCUUAGCUGGUUAUGGUGAUGGUCUUAUUACUGUUUGGGAUGUACAGAGAUCAUCAUCAGCAAAAGUUAUUACUGGAGAGCAUACAGCACCAGUAGUACAUACUUUAUUUCUGGGGCAGGAUUCUCAGGUUACUCGUCAAUUUAAAGCAGUUACUGGUGAUAGUAAGGGUCUCGUUCUGUUGCAUGCUUUCUCAGUUGUUCCCUUGCUCAAUAGGUUCUCCAUCAAAACCCAGUGUCUUCUUGAUGGACAAAAAACGGGAAUUGUGCUAUCAGCUUCACCUGUCCUUUUUGAUGAAUUCUCUGGAGGUGCUUCCCUGUCCUCUCAGGGAAACAAUGCAGCUUCAUCCAGCAGUCUUGGUAGUAUGAUGGGAGGUGUAGUAGGUGGAGAUGCUGGCUGGAAACUCUUUAAUGAAGGCUCUUCUUUAGCUGAAGAAGGUGUGGUCAUAUUUGUCACCCAUCAAGCUGCUCUGGUGGUAAGGCUUACUCCUACUUUGGAAGUCUAUUCGCAGCUUUCUAAGCCAGAUGGGGUUCAAGAGGGUUCUAUGCCUUAUACUGCGUGGAAAUGCAUGACACAAUCACGCAGUUUGCCUAGUGAAAACGUUCCUGUAGAAGCUUCAGAGAGAGUCUACUUGCUCGCAAUUGCUUGGGACCGAAAAGUUCAGAUUGCAAAGUUAAUCAAAUCAGAGCUACAAGUAUAUGGGAAAUGGUCUCUUGACAGUGCAGCUAUAGGUGUGGCUUGGUUGGAUGAUCAGAUACUGGUUGUUCUUACAUCAACUGGACAACUCUGUCUGUUUGCUAAGGAUGGAACUGUGAUUCACCAAACAAGUUUUUCUCUGGAUGGUUAUGGUGGAGAUGAUCUUGUUGCGUACCAUACCCACUUCAUUAAUAUCUAUGGAAAUCCUGAGAAAGCUUUUCACAAUUGCAUAGCUGUAAGAGGAGCUUCAGUAUACAUCCUUGGACCUAUGCAUCUUGCUGUUUCUCGCCUUCUCCCAUGGAAGGAACAGAUUCAGGUUCUGCGGAAAGCGGGUGACUGGAUGGGUGCACUGAACAUGUCAAUGACACUUUAUGAUGGCCAGGUGCAUGGUGUUAUUGACCUCCCUGGAACCUUGGAUGCUGUACAGGAGGCCAUAAUGCCCUGCCUUGUGGAGUUGCUUUUGUCAUAUGUAGAUGAAGUAUUUUCUUAUAUUUCGGUGGCAUUUUGCAAUCAAGUUGAGAAAAUGGAACCACUGGACAACCCAAAUAGUAGAAGCAGUUCUGUGCACUCUGAAAUAAAAGAGCAAUACACUCGUGUUGGUGGAGUUGCUGUGGAAGUCUGUGUUCAUAUCAAGAGGACUGACAUCCUUUUUGAUGAAAUUUUCUCCAAGUUUGUGGCGGUACGACAGAGAGACACAUUUUUGGAGCUUUUGGAACCAUAUAUAUUGAAGGACAUGCUUGGAUCACUGCCUCCUGAGAUUAUGCAAGCACUUAUAGAACAUUACAGCAGCAAAGGAUGGUUACAACGAGUUGAACAAUGCAUCCUUCACAUGGAUAUCUCUUCUUUGGAUUUCAAUCAGGUUGUUAGGUUAUGUAGAGAGGAUGGAUUAUAUGGUGCUCUAGUGUAUCUCUUCAAUAAAGGAUUGGAUGAUUUUAGGGCUCCUUUAGAGGAGCUGUUGGUGGUCUUGCGAAAUAGUCAAAAGGAGAGUGCUGCUGCCCUUGGGUACCGGAUGCUUGUUUAUCUAAAAUACUGUUUUUCAGGUCUUGCUUUUCCUCCAGGACAAGGAACUCUGCCCCCUACAUGCUUGCCAUCUCUUAGAACAGAACUUCUGCAAUUUCUGUUAGAACAUUCUGAUGCCCCUAACCCAAAAGCUGUUUCAAGCUUAUCAUCUGGAGGACCAUACCUGAACCUGUAUCAUCUCUUACACUUAGAUACUGAAGCUACUUUAGAUGUUCUGAGAUGUGCUUUUGUAGAAGAUGAAAUCCCAAAACCCAAACUUUCAUCACAUGAUUCAGCAGAUAAAAAUACGGAGCCAAAAAUAGAGAAUGACAAUGGAUGUCAAAAUAUAUUGGUCCAAGAUACAGUGAGCUCUCUUAUUUGUAUUCUUAAUAGGGACAUUUCCCAAACAGAGAGGUCAGAUAGUGAAGAUGUCAGUGGAUUGGUUGAAGAAUGGCCUUCUAAGAAAGACAUAGGUCAUAUGUUUGAGUUUAUAGCAUACUAUGUUGCAUGUGGAAGUGCUAAUGUCUCAAGAAGUGUCCUGAGUCAGAUUUUAGAAUACUUGACAUCACAAAAUAAUUUUCCAACUAGUGUUUCCUCACAUCACAUAACUUCAACAAGAAGGGAGAAGCAGGUGCUUGCCCUUCUAGAAGUAGUGCCUGAGAUUGACCGGAAUGCUUCUUCUGUAUUAGGCCUAUGUGAGAAAGCACAAUUUUACCAGGUUUGUGGCUUCAUUCAUACUAUCAGACAGGAGUAUCUUGCUGCUUUGGAUAGCUACAUGAAGGAUGUAGAUGAACCCAUUCAUGCUUUCUCCUUUAUCAACAAAACAUUAUUACAGCUGAGUGAUAAUGAACGUGCUAUUUUUCAAUCAGCGGUCAUUUCUCGUAUGACUGAGCUGGUUGAUUUAAGCAGAGAGGGAACAUUCUUGUUGUUCAUCGGUCAUUUCAAGAAUGAAGGUUUGCAUAUCCUGUCUAAACUCCGCUCUCAUCCAAGAAGCCUAUUCCUUUAUAUAAAAACGGACAUUGAGGUUCAGUUAUCUGGCACUCUCAAUUUUUCUUCUUUAAGAUGAGAUGAUUUUUUGGAUCCUUCUGAUGGAAUAAGGUUGAAGGAUCAGUCAAAAGGACUUGAGGCUUACUUGGAAAAAAUCUCUGAUUUCCCCAAGUUAAUGCGUAAUGAUCCGGUUGAAGUGACUGAUGAUAUGAUUGAGCUUUAUCUGGAGCUAUUAUGUCAGUAUGAACCUGGUUCAGUUCUCAAAUUCCUUGAGACCUUUGAUAGCUAUCGUGUGGAACACUGUCAAUGCCUGUGUCAGGAAUAUGGGAUUAUAGAUGCUGCUGCCUUCUUGUUAGAAAGGGUUAGUGAUGUGGGGAGUGCUCUUUUACUUACACUUUCAGGCCUUGACGGUAAAUUUGUUGAGCUUGAUACUGCUGUUGGAAAUGUGGUUUCUGAUGUGGCUUUGAGUUCUGCUGCUGAUACAAUGCAUCUCAGGACUGUAUUAAAUAUGAAGGAGGUGAAUGAAAUACGCAAUAUAUUGAAUGCCUGUAUUGGAUUAUGUCAGCGGAACACCCCUCGCUUGAACCCUGAGGAGUCAGAGACGCUCUGGUUCAGAUUACUUGACUCGUUUUGUGAACCUUUGAUGGAUUCAUAUGGUGAUGAAAUGGUAUCUAGAGGAGAAAAUCAUGUUCCACUGCUGACCGAAUCAUCAGUCUCACAUGAAGAUGAAGCAUGCAUAGUUAAUUGGAGAAUAUCAAAAUCGCACAGAGGGGCUCAUAUCUUGAGGAAAUUGUUCUCUCAGUUCAUCAAAGAGAUUGUUGAGGGAAUGAUAGGAUAUGUUCGCCUUCCAACCAUCAUUUCAAAACUCCUCUCUGAUAAUGGCAGCCAGGAAUUUGGUGAUUUUAAACUUACCAUACUGGGCAUGCUCGGAAUAUAUGGCUUUGAAAGGCGAAUUCUGGACACUGCCAAAUCCGUAAUAGAAGAUGAUACAUUCUAUACCAUGAGCUUACUUAAGAAGGGGGCCUCUCAUGCGUAUGCACCCCGGAGUCCUAUAUGUUGUAUAUGUAAUUGCCUUUUCUCGAAGAAUUCUUCUAGCUUUAGCAUUUGUGUUUUUAAUUGUGGUCAUGCAACACAUCUUCAAUGUGAAGUUCCGGAAAAUGAGGCAUCAAGUAGAGGUGCCUCAUCUGGAUGCCCAGUUUGUAUGCCAAAGAAGAAAUCUCACAAAGCAAGAAAUAAAUCGAUUCUUGCAGAAAAUGGUUUAGUAAGUAAAUUUUUGUCCAGGCCACAACAAUCACAUGGAACUAGUAUUCUACACCCCCAUGAAAGUGAUGCAUUAGAGAAUUUCUAUGGGAUUAGCAAAUUUCACAGGUAAGCAUCGACUUGUAAUUGUCAUUAUCUUUUCCAUUUCCUGGACUUCACAAACAUUGAAAAUUAAUUAAAUGUGAAUUGAGAUCUUGACUAAUUUGCAAGAGGACCAGAGAUUAGUUCAAAUAGAACACAUGCCUCAGUUGAGGCUUGCACCGCCAGCUGUUUAUCAUGAAAGGGUAAA